AGAGGCAUGCAGGCAGUGCGCUCACACACACAACCACACACGCUUCCAGAAACACUAGCAUAGGCAGUGCCGUUGUCAGUCUUGGAAUGUAAGCACCGCCGUGAGGAGACAGAAUCACCACCACUAAGCUCUACUGAGGAGAGAGAGACACAGUGCCAUGCACUCAACAUCACAGAUGGGGACUAAGCUGUGAACAGUAAAGGAUCAUUGCAAGAUCAAAGACAGGACUACAAUGCCUGAUAUGGUGACAUUGCAUUCCAGUGUUCAACCAACAAUAAGCUUGUUACCAUAAUUCCUUCGUCAUAACCCUGAGUGAUUGGAUACCAUGAUAACCAAUCAGUUCUUGCUUAUUCUGAUGCUCUCCUUUAUCUGGCCAAAUUGGGCCUUGCCUUUUACACCUGGGAAUACUGGGAAUGUGUUUGGAAGUGCAUCUGAAAAUGAUGGAAGGAUACUCCAUCGUUCCAAACGAGGAUGGAUGUGGAAUCAAUUCUUUCUUCUGGAGGAGUACACAGGAAACGACCAUCAAUAUGUUGGCAAGCUACACUCCAACAUGGACAAAGGGGAUGGUAACAUCAGGUAUAUUCUUACCGGAGACGGGGCAGGCUCUUUGUUUCUGAUCGACGAGAAGUCAGGGGACAUCCAUGCCACCAAGAGGCUGGACAGGGAGGAGAAGGCCAUGUACACACUUCAUGCCAAGGUCGUGGAUCGAAUCACAAACAUUGAUUUGGAACCUGACACGGAAUUUAACAUUAAAAUACAUGACAUCAAUGACAACGAGCCAAAAUUUGCCAAGGAAAUCUACUUUGCAAAUGUUGCUGAAAUGUCAGAUGUUGGGACAUAUGUUGUACAAGUCACUGCUACCGAUGCUGAUGACCAAACCUACGGGAACAGUGCCAAGCUGGUGUAUAGCAUUCUGCAAGGACAGCCGUAUUUCUCUGUGGAUUCUGACAAUGGCACUAUUCGGACAGCUUUACCUGGUAUGGAUAGAGAGGUGAAGGAGAACUACCAGGUGGUGAUCCAGGCCAAGGACAUGGCUGGACAGAUGGGUGGGCUCUCAGGGACCACCACAGUCAGCAUCACCCUUUCAGACGUCAACGACAGCCCUCCUCGAUUUGCUAACCACACAUUCCGUCUCACCACUUUGGAGUCGGCUGAAAUUGGAGGAGCUAUAGGUCGCAUCAAAGCGGACGAUGCCGACGUGGGCCAGAAUGCUGAGAUGGAGUACAGCAUUGUUGGUGGAGAUGGACAAGAAAUGUUUAGGAUUGUCACCGACCAAGCAACACAGGAAGGCAUUAUUACAGUUAAAAAGCAACUGGAUUACGAGACCAAGAGGAUGUAUGUGUUCAAAGUGGAGGUAAAGAACACUUAUCUAGACUCACGGUUCAUCCACGGGCUGCGCUUCAAAGACGACGCCACGGUACGGGUGACAGUGGAGGAUGUGGAUGAGUCUCCAGUGUUCAGCAGGAAUCCUUACAUCCUGGACGUGCAUGAGGAUACGGCAGCAGGCAGCUUUGUAGGGGUGGUGUCUGCCAGAGACCCUGACGCAGACAACAACCAAGUCAAGUACUCUAUAGACCGCCAUACAGAUCUGGAGAGACUCUUCAACAUAGAUUCUAUCAAUGGCACCAUUACAACACUGAAAGGACUGGAUAGAGAAAUGUCCAAAUGGCAUAAUAUAUCUGUGGUUGCAACGGAAAUCAAUAAUCCUCGCCAGACCACUCGAGUCCCAGUUUUCAUCAAGGUCUUGGACGUCAAUGACAAUGCACCUGAAUUUGCCAAAUCAUUUGACACGUUAAUCUGUGAGAAUGUCAAAGCAGGACAGAUUAUUCAGAUGAUAAGUGCAGUGGACUCCGACGAACCCCUUGUUGGACAUAAAUUUGCAUUCAGUUUAAGCAUCCCUAAUCCAAACUUCACAAUUGUUGACAAAGAAGACAACACGGCAGCCAUUUUGACACGCAAGGGAGGCUUCCGGCGGCGAGAGAUGAGCGAGUACUACCUGCCGGUGGUGAUCUCAGACAACCACUACCCCAUCCAGAGCAGCACCAGCACUCUGAUCGUCAGCAUCUGUGCAUGCGACAGCAAAGGCAACAAGCAAUCAUGCAACUCGGAGGUGCUGCCAUUCUCUGACGGCCUCACCACCGGAGCCCUGGUAGCCAUCUUGCUCUGUGUCAUCAUCCUCUUGAUGAUCGUGGUGCUGUUUGCCUCCCUGAAGAGGCAGAGGAAGAAGGAGCCUCUGAUCAUCUCCAAAGAGGACGUAAGAGACAACGUCGUCAGCUAUAACGAUGAAGGGGGCGGAGAGGAGGACACUCAGGCCUUCGACAUCGGCACGCUGCGCAACCCGGAGGUGAUGGAUGCUAACAAGCUGCGCAGGGACAUCAUCCCUGAGAUGCUGUUUCCAUUUCGGAGGACAUCACCUAUAAAAGAUAACACAGACGUCAGAGACUUCAUUAACGGUCGGCUCCAGGAGAACGACUCCGAUCCCACUGCGCCACCUUACGACUCCCUUGCCACCUACGCAUAUGAAGGGAGCGGGUCGCUGGCCGAGUCCCUCAGCUCGCUGGAGUCUUCUGCCACCGAGGGCGACCAGGAGUAUGAUUAUCUCACCAACUGGGGACCGCCGUUCAAAAAACUGGCCGAAAUGUAUAUCGGGAAGGACUCGUAGAGAGCGACUUGUGUCAAAGGUCGCAAUAUCGCACUUCUCUCGCGUGCACACACACAUACUCCCUUCAAGCCAUCGAUGUGGAUGAUAAAGUAGAUAGAAAAACAUUAUCUCAUAACUGUUGACAGCUCUCACAGUUUUACUGUUUUAUGGUCCUUAUCAGUAAAGAUGCCUUUGAACUUUAGGAAAUUUGUGUGACCAAUGGUGUGGACAAUGUGUUUUGUAAUUGGGGAGACCGAUAGUAGUAUUGUAUACUAUUAAUGUUUAUUGAGAGGGACAAUUAACAAAAAAAUAGCUUUUUCUGGCAAAAUAAAUAAAAAAAAUAUGUACAUGUAUGAACUGUUUUUAAUGAUCGACCAUCAUUUAUUCUAUUUGCUAUCUUUGUUUGACAAACAUUGUUCAUGUGAAUGGUUGGUGAGGUAAAUUGUCAAACUGUGGAUUCAUUUAAUCAUAAUAGGCGUAAAAUGUAAUGAGGACUGUACAUUGUAGGAUUUGUCAUACACUGAAUUCUCACUGUUUGGAUGCCAUGUCAUAUUGUUUUAUAUUUAUAUUUUUAUACUUAUUUUAUUAAUAAAGUUUCGAGAGAAAACAAACCCGUAAACAUGUUGGUGUAUGUCUGAAACUGCAUCUUAAAUGUGUAUUAAGUAGCUCUUUUAGAAACACUUUACACUAUGGUUUCAUUAAAUUACAUGGCAAUAGCCUACCUAUAA